UGAAUAAGAAAUAAACCGAUUAUUUCGAGUGUAAACAAAUGCUAUAAAUUGCUCCACUGUUUUAGAUGUUACCAUUGAAUCACUUGCGACUGUAGUUAUCAGGUCAUUUUUACAAGUUCCUUUAUCAUGUCUUUGAUCAAUACUCAACUCAAGCGAACCAUUAUUGAAAGUGAAAAGAGUGAAGACCUCUCAUCUGAACCUAGCUUUGCUAAAAAGACUACAACUAUGACUGCCGAAGAUCGGUUAACGUUAAGAGCUAAACGUUUUGGUGCUACUGACAAGUUACAAGAAAGAGCCCAAAGAUUUGGAAUGACCAAAGAUGGUGGCAUUGGUAAAAGUGACAAACCAUCAGCUGAAGUAUUGAAAAAACGUGCUGAACGCUUUGGUUUAGCCAAUCAAACCAAGAAAGACGGUGUUCCUGGUCUUGAAUGUGACGCUGAAACCUUAAAGAAAAGAGCUGAACGCUUUGGUGUUAUUUCCGAAUCUGUCAAAGAACUAGAUAGUCAAGAAAAAUUAGCAAAAAGACAAAAACGCUUUGGUUCCCUCAAAGUAUGACAUUAUCAUUACUUUUUUAUCUCAUCUCCACCUUUAUAAAAUAUAUAAAUUUUUCAAUAGAAGCAUCCAACACUGUAAUUUGCUUGAUUGUAUUUAAUGAAAAACGUAAAUAAACAAUUUAAAUUUAAA